CUUUCCUCAAAAUCGUAUUAAGUAUUUCAUUGAAAUCUGAAAUAUAUUCCCUUUAUAUUCAUGCAAAUUAUAUGUGAAACAAUUUUGCUGGCAUUAAAUUCCCUUUGAAAAUGUACCCGAUGCGCGUGUCCUCCACGCUGUGCAUGUUCUUCCUGAUUAGAAUGAUGUUCCAUUUUCAAGUCCUCAAAGCGGCGCCAAUAUCGCAGUCCGUAGAGGCAGAGCCUUCUGAAUUUGCAUGGAGAGAAAAACGAGCAAGUACUUCAGCGCCAUCUUCGGAAACACUCGAUGACACUAUCAUGAUUACGAUGCCAGACAGACGAACGAACACACCGGAGGUAUCCAAGAUGAUACCAGAAGAUUCUCCUAGCAGUAGCACAGCGGAAAUCCAGAGCAGUACGCAAGAGGCAACCCCAAGGAGAACAGAUGAACCGCAGAGAGUGUUACAAGAGGUCAACCAAAAGAAACCAGAGGAAUCCCAGAGAAAUAGUUCAGUGGAAGUGCAGAUAAGCAGCCCAGAAGAAUUCCAAAGAAAUAUUCCAGCGGAGCCGCAAGGAAGUAGCACAGUGGAUCCCCAGAAUAAACCAGAAGAACCCCAGAGAAGUAGCCCAGAGGCACCCCAAAGCAUUAGCACAGUGAUUCCCCAGAGGAGACUAGAAGAAACCCAGGGAGGGACAGCAGAAGAACCCCAGAGAAGUAUUACAGUGGAACCCCAAAGCAGUAGCACAGUGGCUAACCAUUGGAGACUAGCAGAAACCCAGACAGGGACACCAGAGGACAACCCCGAAGAAGCAGCCAUCGGCUACAGCACAACGACAAAACCUGAACCUCAAACCCGAACCAAAAAGCAAACCCAAACCCAAGGCUCAAACAACAAGCACGGCCACCCUCCCGAUAAGGGACUUCGUAUGUUUGGGUUAAAAUCAUUCAAAAUUCCUGCAGCCGACCCUCAGAUGGACAGCAGAACCACAACUACGGCGAACGUGAUCAAUGAGAGCACACAGCAUCAGACACAGCUGACGAUACCGCUGGCACGGACAUACGGACUCAGAAAUCUUCCGUGGAGAGCGGUGAAGAACACGUGGAAGCAGAUGGACUAUGAGGAUGUGUGGAUGGACACGCGACUGGCGAUUGGACAGUAUAGUAGGAUUCCCCGUAUUCGAAUGGCAUCAAAUCCACUCGUCAACUAUUAUCCAGACGAUGCCAAGUUGGGGACAGUUUGCAAGCAAAUGUCCACGCUCUAUGGCAACGUAGCGUGGGAGAGAACACAUUCUAGAUUCUCAUUUUUUCCACACAAGAUCUACAUGCGGGCGCGCACAUUGAGAAAGGUUGACAAAAACUUUUGGAACAGACAAACCCGUAAUAGAUGCCACACUGGAAAGCUGUUGACCAGCGAUAUCAAUAAGUUUCUCUACUGCGAGAUUCAGCGUCACAUGUACAUGUCGGCUUAUUGCGGGAAACUUACGGCAGAACAACUAAUCGAUGUGGAGAUAUGAUGAUAAAUAUCUAUCAAA